AUGUCCAGAAUCACCUCUGCAUAUCACCAAAUAGACACACUUUAUCACCAUUUUCAUUUAGCUCUGUUUUGUUCUGUGUUUCCACAAAUUAAAUUCUAUCAAAAACUUAAAGAAGAUGCUUUUUUCAUUGGAGAUUUGGGUGAUAUAAUAAGUAAAUAUAAAACUUGGUGUGAGCUUCUACCCAGAAUAGAGCCCUUUUAUGCUGUGAAAUGCAAUCCUGAUCCAGUUAUUCUUCAACUAUUGGCUCAUCUUGGUACAUCAUUUGAUUGUGCCAGUAAGGAUGAAAUUGAGAGUGUGUUAAAACUUGGGGUCAGUCCAACUCGUAUUGUCUACGCAAAUCCUUGUAAGCAGAAAUCAUUUAUUCGUUAUGCUGCUAAACACAAGGUGAAAAUGAUGACAUUUGAUAAUGAAGUUGAAUUGGAUAAAAUAAAACUACUAUAUCCAGAUGCUCACCUCAUUAUCCGAAUUUUGCCACCUUCUAACUUCAAAGUACAGUGUGAUUUGGGCUUGAAAUUUGGUUGUCAUCCUAACAAGGCUAUUGAUCUUUUAGAGAAGGCAAAGUUUCUAGGACUAAAUGUGAAAGGUGUCAGUUUCCAUGUUGGUAGUGGUGCUGAAGAAGUAGAAGCAUUCUCGGCAGCUGUCAAGGAAGCUUACAAUGUAUUUCAGAUGGGACUAGAACUUGGACAUGACAUGACCAUUCUAGAUGUUGGAGGAGGAUUUCCUGGACAGAAAACUGCCCCAAUAUGUUUUGAAGAGGUUGCUAUGGUAUUAAAUGAAGCUCUGGAUGAAUAUUUUCCACCUGAGUCUGGAGUGAGAAUAAUAGCUGAACCUGGACGUUAUUUUGUGGCGUCAGCCUUUACCUUGACUGCUAACGUCAUAGCCAAACGCAUGGUCAGCAGAGAUAACAAGAAUGCAGAUGGUUGUGUUGAACAAUGUGUUGGCAAAGAUGAUGAACCAGCCUACAUGUACUAUCUUAAUGAUGGUGUUUAUGGAUCCUUCAACUGUCUUCUCUUUGAUCAUUCUCAUGUUGCUCCAUCUCUUUUGAAGACUACUCGGAAUAAGAUAGAGUUUACAUCAAGCGUCUGGGGCCCAACAUGUGAUUCCAUAGACCUGAUUUUAGAAGACUAUUUGCUACCAGAGCUUCAUGUUGGUGAAUGGAUUUAUUUUGAAGACAUGGGAGCUUACACCAUGUGUGCAUCUUCAACAUUUAAUGGCAUGCCCAAACCUAAAUGUUUCUUUUAUUGUCAAGAAGAUCAAUGGUAA